CGGCUCGUUAGCUAGCAGUGACGCUCCACGUUUAAACGUGCCUGCGCGAGACACCUGAACAGGUUUUCGAAAGCCGCGCUUAACUAACUAAGUUUUCCUUUUUUCUUCAGCUGAUUAGAAGGAGCAAAUCCUCCCCUCUCCUCCCGUUUAAUAUUUUUAUUAGUUUGUUUGUUUUUCUUAAAUCGAACUCGUCCGUCAGCUUCGUCCCGUCGCCAUGGAGAGACAUGACCGUCAGUCCGCCGCCAGCGAGUAUCCACAUCCGUUCGUCCACCAGCUGAAGCUGACCAGGGCUCAGAGGAUCAGGGGCAUCAUCCUGGGCAGCAUCCUCUUCCCUCUACGCGUCACCUUGGCAGCCAUUUUCUUCCUCAUCAUGUGGCCUUUUGCCCGGCUGCGGUUGGCCGGCCUGUCCGAGGAGCAACGCUCCCGACCGGUCAGGGGCUGGCGGCGCUGGCUCCUACACCCGAUCAUCUUGUUUCUGAGCCGAUGCGUCUUCUUCUCCCUGGGGUUCCUGUGGGUGAAGGUCAAAGGUCGCAGGGCGGACCUGAAGGAGGCUCCGGUGCUGGUCGUGGCUCCUCACAGCGGCUUUCUGGACAUGCUGGUGCUCUGUCCGGCCCAGCUGGCAACGGUGGUGUCGCGGUCGGAGAACACCAGCCUGCCGGUCAUUGGAGCUCUGCUGGAGUUCAACCAGGCUGUGCUUGUAAGCAGAAAGGAUCCAGAGUCGAGGAAGAAGGCUGUCGCCCAGCUCGCCGAGAGACUGACCUCCAAUGGCUACUGGCCUCAGAUGCUGAUGUUUCCUGAGGGAACCACAACUAAUGGCAGCGCUCUCAUCAAAUUCAAACCCGGUGCCUUCCUCGCUGGAAUGCCGGUCCAACCCGUUCUGUUGCAUUAUCCCAACAAGCUGGACACUGUUCGCUGGACAUACAAGGGGACGACCUGGACUGAGGCUCUGUGGCACACGACGUCACAGCUCUACACCAACAUGACUGUUGAGUUCCUGCCGGUUUACAACCCUUCCCAGGAGGAGAAGAACGACCCCAACCUGUACGCAGACAACGUGCAGAAACUCAUGGCCAAGGCCCUCGGAGUCCCAGCUACAGAUCAUGUGAUGGAGGGCCGAGUUCCUGUCAGUAAACUGGGUGGUCUCUCGCUCCCACUGGAGUCACCUGCCAGGGAAACUCUCGCACUGUUGCACAAAAAUGGCCUGGGAGCGCAUGAAGUGGAGGCGGCACUGGACAGAAUGUUGGACAGGUGUCAGUCUGGAGCUCGGGGGUCGGUCCGGGCGAGCGUGGACGACCUCGUCUCUGUUCUCGGGCUGACGGAUCGACAGGCAGCCGUCACUAUCUGUGGCCUCUACUCGAAGGAUGAAUUUGUGGACCUCAGAGUGAUCUAUUUGAGUGUCGCUGCUCUGUCAGGAUUUGUCAGCUUCACGUCGCUACUUCACACUGCGUUUACUCUGUUUGACAGAGAGGGCAGAGGCAGUCUGAGUGCAGAGGAGCUGUCCGGCCUCAUGGGGGCGCUGCUGGGCGUUCCACAGCACAACACUGCAGAGCUUUACGCUCAGGCCUCCCAUCAAGGCCAGCUCACUGAAGAACACCUGCUGCGAGUGCUGACGAGCCACCCGACCUAUCAGAGAGCGGUGAACGAGUACCUGCAGCCCGAGGAGGCGGACUUUCAGCUGGCCAACGGGAAGGCUGUGAACAACAACGGAAAUGUGCACAACAGCAACGAAUCUCUGCACUACAAGAAAAAGUUUGAAUGAGGAGUUUAUUUAUUAUUAUUAUUAUUAUCAUCAUUGGCUCCUCCCUUCUUCUUUUUUGUUGUUCUUGGCCUCAUCAUGGGAUGAAAUGAACCAGAAUGACCAUCGACAAGGGAUUGUAUUUUUUUAAGUUGUGUGUAUGUGUGUGUGAGAAUGGAUUUUUAAAACUAUAUCACUGUAAUCCAUUACCACAGUCAACCGUGUCGUCAUUAGAAAACCAAAGAAUGACCAGAAUAACUGCAGUGGUUCUCUGAGUUGUGUGUGAGAUUGUGUUUGCAUUUGCUGUUUAUCAGGCUCUUUUUUUUUACCUCUUUUAACCUUGAAGAAAUCUUGAAAUGUUCCCUCUUAUCCGUACUGAAUGUGUUUUUAAAAGGGACGGUGGUAUGUGCAAAAAGAAACGAAACACUCUGUAAAUGAAGCUGUUUAUUUUAUGUAAAUGAAUCAUUCUUACAUUUUUGUGUGAAUAUUUUUUUAUAUUUAAUAAUUAAUUAAACUGUGAAUUCUUGAGGA